AUGACACACCAGUUCACGCACACAACGUCGGAGAGAAGGGCAUCAACGGCCAUUGUGGGGUCUGUUGGGCGGCCCGGGUUAUUUGUGCCACAGGAUUUCAUCAAGUACAACAAGGACCAGAUUGGAUCGGCACUAACAAGUUUGGAAGACGGGUUGGAUCCUGACGAAUUGGAACAGGACGAACUGGAGGGGGGCUAUCCGCUGUACGCCGACGAGGGGAACGACAGUACCAAUGACAACGGCAAUGACAACGGCAAUGGUAAUGAUGACGACCCUAGUAUGUCUUCUCGGUUACUGACCCCACAUCGUCCCUGCCAUUCCAACUCCUUCUCCAAUGCAAAUUCAAGGAGACAGUCCUUCCUCUUGUCUGAGGAGGCGGCGCUUUUGAAGGCAAACAGGAUUCCCAUAAGACGUUUGUCAACUGGUCUAGAAAACACGACCUCGUUAUACAGCUCCACAAAUAACAGUACAGGUGUUGCCGAGAGAAGCAAUGCCGCUGAAUAUAACUACAUCUCUCCCAACAACAUUUGCACGGACCGUGUCUGUGAUGUCGAAAACGACGAGGCAAUUGUAGAGUCAUGGGAUGCGGCCGUCAAGAUGGGCAAAUUAAAGACAACAGUGGCUAUCGAACUGAAAUCAAUAUCAAGAUCGUCGAUACCCUUGGUAAUCACGUUUCUCUUACAGAACUCGCUUUCGGUUUGCUCGAUUCUAGCAGUUGGUCAUAUCUCCUCAGAGGCAUUGGCGGGAAUCACUUUAGGAUCAAUGACUUGCAAUAUAACGGCCAUUGCAACAAUAGCAGGCUUGGCAUCAUCUUUAGACACUUUUUUACCCCAAGCUUAUGGGGCGAAAAAGUACCAUUUGGUUGGAAUUAUCUUCCAGAGGUGUGUCGUGCUGAUCUUCACAAUCAUGUCACUUGUAUGUCUCUCGUGGUGGUUUUUCGCCGAACGUAUAUUGAUCAACUUCUUACCCGAUCCGAAAUCGGCCAAUUAUGCAACUCAGUAUUUGAAGGUCAACUCGUUUGGUAUUCCCGGGUAUAUAUUGUUUGAAACAGGGAAACGAUUCUUACAAUGUCAGGGUAUCUUUGACGCUUCAACAUACGUUUUGUUUGUUUGUGCUCCACUGAAUGCACUCAUGAAUUAUACCUUGGUCUGGGUCAUGGGCUUGGGAUUUAUUGGCGCUCCCAUUGCAGUCUCAAUCACUUAUACAUUGAUGGCCGUUGGCUUGUACUUAUACACAACUAGAACCAGAAAUCAAAUCAACCCCAUGAAAUGCUGGACGAAAUUCGAAAUUAGUAGAGUCUGCCGCAAUUGGGGGGAAUUGGUGAAAUUGUCAAUUCCAAAUUUGAUUAUGAUUGUAUCCGAGUUUUUAUCCUUUGAAUUGAUGACGCUCCUUUCCUCGUAUUUGGGGACAAAACCUCUGGCAGCCCAGUCGAUCUUGGCAACGAUGGCAUCCUUGACUUAUCAGAUUCCAUACGGAGUUUCAAUUGGUGCAGGUACAAGAAUCGCCAAUUUCCUAGGAGCCCAACUGCCCGAGUCCGCCUUCAUUGCUUGCAAAUCCUCAUUUAUAUUCACAUUGGUCAUUGCAACCUUAAACUGCUCUAUAUUUCUCUUUGGCAAAGGAUUCAUUGCUUCAAUCUUUACAAACGAUGAAGAAGUUAUAGAACUAUCGAGUAGGGUGUUCCCCUGGUUGGCCUUUAUGCAAAUAUUCGAUGCGCUAAAUUCCACCUCGGCUGGCUGUUUACGUGGUCAAGGGUUGCAGAGAAUAGGAGGAUACGUGAAUCUCUUCAGCUACUAUAUAGUCGGGCUACCAUUGGCUGCAUUCUUUGCAUUCUCUUGGCCUGCAGCCCAUCCAAUGGGAUUGUCUGGCUUGUGGGCGGGCUCAACGGUGGCCCUCAUCAUCAUUGGAUGCGUGCAGAGCUAUUGCGUGCUAAAUGCCAAUUUCGACCAACUAGUGGAUGACGCAAUCAGAAGAAGUAAUUCCUAUUGA